GCUACCUCUAUCUCCAUGAUCUCAGUAUCUGCUCAUUUCCAGUUCCAGAAGGGUGAAUAUAUAAGCAUUAUUUUUUGCCAUAACUCUGAGAGUUUUUUAUUUGGUGAGCCUCAAAGUUGGUUGAACAGCUGUUUCAAGUAGUGACCGACUUGCUCUGUGCAUCAUGAGUACUGCUACUACUACAGCCAGGAAACAAACUCCUAGCGAUUUCUUAAAGCUCAUCAUCGGCAAACCAGUUGUUGUCAAACUGAAUUCAGGUGUAGAUUACAGAGGAGUUCUUGCCUGCUUGGAUGGAUACAUGAACAUCGCCUUGGAGCAGACAGAAGAGUAUGUCAACGGUCAGCUCAAGAACAAAUAUGGUGAUGCUUUCAUCAGGGGAAAUAAUGUCUUAUACAUCAGCAUGCAAAAGAGGUUCUGACGACACCAUGGAGAGCUCCACGCUUAUCUUAGCAUUGUAAAUAUUCUCUUAGAACUGUGCCGUGAGAGGUCAGUAUGUCUGGAAAGGCCCUAAGUCUCAAGAAUUGCAAGAAGCAGGAUGGAAGAGUUGACAAGCUUCUGGACUGAAGAACUGUUGAGGAUGAGCCUUAGAACAGUAUCAACACUGGGUUAUAAUGAAAAUGAGCGACAAUGGCAGCGGCAGACAUAUUUUGUGGUGACAUAAAGAUGCUCCUCUUUAGAUCAGGGCCUCAUGAUACAAAUUUUACAACCAAUUGCGAACUACGAACAAUUUUGACUGGACUGCAGAGGGUAUGUUGAGCAAUAUACACAAGCUCCGGUGAUCUUGAUUGGUGUCUGUCAUUUUGCAAUCGAUUGCAUACUUUUGUGUUACAAGGCCAUAGAGAUGUUACUGAAAGAGUUGCAUUUGGCUUUAACCCUAUCUAGGCCGGGGGGUGGGGGGGCCUCGGAGGCCCCCCCCCUCAACGAAUCGAGCGAUAUUUUCCCCGCACGAAUUUUUUUGACCUCACUGCUCGCUGACUUUUUACUUUCAAGUCUUGCGCAACUUCUGAGACCAAUUUUGCGUCACCCAG